UAGGAGGAAGCGUGGAGGGUUUCCCUUGGUCUCUAUAGGCAGCUCUCUGUCAGACAGGAGACGCUCACAGGUAACUACAAGGAUUCAUGCCGCAGCAGCGACACUUCAAACAUGGAGAUCAUUCUGAAACGCCCACCAAAGAUUCCAUGGAGGAAUAACAACCUCAGUCUCGUGCACAUAGAUCCUCCACUUUCGGAACAAGGAGAGACGGUGAUCGGAGUCUACCUGCUGAUUCUGGGCUGGCUGUCCUGGUUGGGGAACAGCGUGGUGGUCUUUGUGCUGUAUAGACAGAGGGCGUCCCUCCUGCCCACAGACUUCCUCACUCUGAACCUGGCCGUCUCUGACGCCAGCAUCUCCGUGUUUGGCUACUCCCGAGGCGUCCUGGAGAUUUUCAAUGUCUUCAGGGACGAUGGAUUCCUCAUCACCUGGUUCUGGACGUGUCAGGUGGAUGGCUUCUUCACUCUGCUCUUUGGCCUUGCAAGCAUCAACACCUUAACGGUCAUCAGUGUUACCCGCUACAUCAAGGGAUGCCACCCAAACAAAGCUCACUGCAUCCGUAUGAGCACCAUCCUCAUCUCUGUGAUGUUCAUCUGGAGCGGAGCGCUCUUCUGGUCCAUGGCUCCUGUACUGGGCUGGGGCAGCUACACAGACCGAGGAUAUGGCACAUGUGAGGUAGACUGGUCCAAAGCCCACCACUCCACCAUCUCCAAGUCCUACAUCAUCUCCAUCCUCAUCUCCUGCUUCCUGGUCCCCGUGCUCGUCAUGCUGUUCUCCUACGUGUCCAUCAUCAACACCGUGAAGAGCAGCAACGCCAUGUGCUCCGACGGCUACCUCAACUCCCGUCAGCGGAAGCUGGAGAGAGAUGUCACCAGGGUGUCCAUCGCCAUCUGCACAGCGUUUGUCGUCGCCUGGUCUCCGUAUGUUGUGCUGUCCCUGUGCUCUGCCCUGGGUGUCUACGUCCCCAACACCUCCAGCAUCUUCACCCGUCUGCUCGCCAAGUCUGCCAGCUUCUACAACCCCCUCAUCUACCUCGGCAUGAGCGCCAAGUUCCGCAGGGACGUGGCCAUGCUGCUACCCUGCGCCCGCGACAGCAGGGACCUGGUGCACCUCCAGAACUUCAAAAACCUGGAGCCCAAAGCCGAGGCGGACCCUGAGGCCAGGUCCCCGGUCACAGCCUCUCCGCUGGGGCCCAGCCAGAUCAAGACCUCCAUGGGAGUGGUGCUCCAGCCCCUGCCUGAUGAUGACUCUGGGGUGAGCAGCCCCUCUCGCACCUUGCCCCCGGCCCGCAGGGAGCCAGGCCACAGCCGCGUGGCUGGGCCAGACUGGGAGAGCGACAGCCUCUGAGGACUGCCUCUCUUUCAUCUGACUCUGAUUAUACUUGAAUGAAACCCUGAUACUUGAAUCACAAUGCAAAAACCCAUGUUGUUAAACCAUCUGCCAGUUUAAUUUAUCGGCCCAGUUUCCCAGACAUGGAUGAAGCCUUAGUCCUCGACUAAAAACAUUUUCAGUGGAGAUCUUCAUAGAAUUCUCUUACUUUAGGACUUGGCUUAACCCAUGUGAGGGAGGCUGGGCUUUCGUGUUCCUAUCGUAUGUACA